CUGGUGAUAGGAGAAAGCAACGGGCGCUGCCUCAUUAUUUUGGUUAAGAAUUUCAUUCGCGGCUAUCGAGAAUCAGGAAUCUCUGGUUUCCGUUUCGUUAAUUCUGCGCGUCAAAUUUUGAAGUACUUGCUAGUCGGAGAUCAAGGCUGAAAACAUGACCCGUGGAAACCAGCGUGAAUUGGCUCGUGCCAAAAACAUGAAGAAAAAUCAAAAAAAGGCAGCAGGGGAGCAAGAUAGUAACAAAGGACUCACCCUGGAACAACGUAAAGCGCGAGAUGCUGACCGAAUGCGAGAAAAACAACAAAAAAAACAACAAGAACAACAAGACAAGACAAAGCAGAGGAUCAGUUAAUUUAGGCUGGAAAUUCUCUGAAUCUUUUGCCAUUAAUACCAGAGUUAAAAAAAUUAUCUCUUUAAAUAAUAAUGAUUGAGGAGCACUGUUACUAUCUUCACUGUGCGUGAAAAGAAGAAAUUAAAUAUUUAUAAUUUUAGUGAAUUUAUGAGUUGAGAUCCUCCGAUUUAAAACACACAGGAUAAAAUGCUGCAUGGUCUCUAGCUAUUUAUGAUCCUACCACACACCAAUGUCGCAUUAUUUAUCUACCGUGUGACCACGAAAAUGUAAUAGCGAGCGUGUAUAAAACUGUUGUUACCUAUAAACGGAAUGGUAAAUGAUAAAAAGGCAUUUGACUCCUAUAUCUAGGUAUAAGUAUACUAAAUGAUCAUUUUGAAUGUGUAAAUUGGAAAAUUCCUGUUAUUUAAAAUAUUGUACAAUUGAAACGAAUGGAGUAUAACGAAUGUGAAAGUCAUGUACUUUGGUCAGCUUAUAAUAAAUCGUUCAAAUUUUAA